CCCGGCGUGGGAGUGUCUGGGACUUGGGUGUGCCCCAGAGGCCCUGUAGCCUUCCUCCUGUGCUCAUUGCCGCUUGAAUCAGCCCCACGGCCGCAGCAGCGAGGCAGCUGACCCAGGAACCACGAAGGUGCCAGCCCAUGGCAGAGCCUGCCCUUCUCCCCACCGCCCAGAUGGAGCGGCUAGCCCCAUUCUCCCUGGCCUCACCAUGUCCUCGGAUCCCACGGGCCCGCAUCGCCAGGCGGCCAGGGCACUGUGCCCGGCGCUGGGUGGACCUGGGCUGCAGCUCUGGCCCCUCCCCAGGCCCAGUUAAUCAGCUUCCCCAGAAGAACCUCGUGCAAGCAGCAUGCCCGGCGGAGGGCUCCCCCUCCCGGCUGUCCCCAGCGGAGAGCUCGUCCAUGGAUGGCUUUUGGACGGAGGUGGAGUGGAUCCAACAGAGGGAUGAACUGAAAGAAGAGAACAGCCAUGGGAGCGAAGGCCGGCUCCCAGAGGAAGGAGACACUGAAUCCCAGUGGCUGCAGGACACAGGCCUGUCGGGCCUCCUUGGUGGCCUGGACUUGGACAGUCAUCACCAGGGGCUCCUGUCCACCCUCACACAGACCCAGGUGGCCGCUGUGUGUCGCCGGCUGGAUAGCUAUGUCCGCUCGACCCGAAGACGACACAAGGCACCUGUCAGAGAUGUCAGGGACGUCUUUGGGGUUUUCAAUUCAGGAGAAAUGACUUCAGAGAAUGGAGACUCGGGUAUGAAAUGGACUCAACUCAGUUCUGGGACUUCUACAUGUCCAGUGGCAGUAGAGCCCGAGGGGCCACAGGCGCAGGCUGGGAGGGAGGAAGCCUUCCACAUGGACUCUGCCUACUCGGAACAAGCUGCGUUGCUCCUGCAGAGGGGCGGGCCGUCCCCGGGAGGCCCCUGUGCCUGGAGCAAAGGGUCUCUGCCGAAGUUUAGGAUCCCCAAAGGCAGACUCGGCUUGACAAGGAUAGGAGACUUGUCCUUGCAGGACAUGGGGAAGAUCCCUUCGUUGGCCCUCAUCGAGCUGACAGCGCUCUGUGACAUCCUGGGCUUGGACCUGAAGAGGAGCAAGGCAGCCAAGCGCAAGGCCACAGAAACUCGCCUUUUCGGUGUGCCCCUCGAUGCCCUGCUCGAAGCUGACCGCAAAGCCCUCCCCAGCACCCAGGUCCCGCUGGUCCUUCAAGCCCUGCUGUCCUGUUUGGAGAAGAGAGGGCUGGACACGGAAGGCAUUCUCAGGGUGCCUGGGUCCCAGGCCAGGGUCAAGGGGCUGGAAAGAAAGCUGGAGAGGGAUUUCUACACUGGCGUUUUUAGCUGGGACGAGGUUCACCACAACGACGCAUCCGAUUUGCUCAAAAGGUUCAUCCGGGAGCUGCCGGCGCCUCUGCUCACUGCCGAGUACCUCCCGGCCUUCGCUGUGGUGCCCAACAUCCCCGACCUGAAACAGCGCCUGCAGGCCCUUCACCUGCUCAUCCUGAUCCUUCCGGAACCCAACAGAAACGCUCUGAAGGCUCUCCUGGAAUUCCUCAGGAAGGUGGUGGCCCGGGAGCAGAGCAACAAGAUGACGCUGUGGAACGUUUCCACAGUGAUGGCCCCCAAUCUCUUCCUCCACCGAGGGCGGCCCCCCAAACUCGCCAAGAGCAAGGAGAAGCAGCUGGCGGAGGGGGCAGCUGAGGUGGUGCGGAUGAUGGUGCACUACCAGGAUCUGCUGUGGACGGUCGCCUCUUUCUUGGUGGCCCAGGUGCGAAAACUGAACGACAGCAGUGGCCGGCGCCCCCAGCUCUGCGACGGGGGCCUCACAACCUGGCUGCGAAGGAUACACGCAGACAAGGACAAGACGGGUGACGGCCUCGAGGCGACUCCCAAAGUAGCAAAGAUCCAGGUGGCCUGGCCUAUCAAAGGUCCCCUGGAGGUGCCCCUGACCCCGGGCACCAGAGUGGCCCACGUCCUCAGGCAGUUCACAGAGCACCUCAGCGCCAGUUCCCAGGGUCAAGAGGGCAAUGAGGACACAGACAGCCUCCUCCCACGCCGCAGGUCCGUGAUGUCAGCCAACAUCCUCCUGUAUGAAGUUGGAGGGAAUAUCAGUGAGCAUCGCCUGGACCCAGACGCCUACCUCUUUGAUCUGUACCGCGCCAACCCGCAUGGCGAGUGGGUCAUUAAACCGAGUCCCACCUAAGCCCUAGGACUCUGAGGAGCAGCCUUGGAUGUCAUGUCCUUGCCCCCACGGACUCUGUGCCUGUGUACCCAGCGUGGGAGCACAGCUGUUCAAGGGGAAGGUCUCCGUCUUUCUCCAAGGCGUGUUCUCCUCUGAAAUGCCUCUCACAUCCUCCCCGCAGAACCUCGAACACAGAGCCCUCACUCCCUGUGUUCCCCAGCCCUCAGGACAGCCGGCUCCUGCACCAUGCAGGACACCACGUGGGUCUCCAUAGAUUUUUGUCCGUGAUUCCAAGCCCUGAGGAGAAGAAAAAAAGCAGCACCUCUAUCAAGAGGCUAGUUCUGCACACCCCCCCACCCCCCCACCCCUCGAAAAACUGCUUUGAAAGUGGCCCUACAGCGUAUAGUGGGACAGUACUGGAGAUGAAGCUAGAAGAGCUCUGCAGCCUCGGGCAAGCCCCUUGCCCUCUCUUAGCCCCCUUGAGAUAUGAGAAGGUUGGGGCUCGGGGGGGGGGGGGGUCAAAUGCUGUGGCCGUGAACAGCCCUGUGAGAACCAGAAAGACGGAGACUUCCCUUCACAGCUCUCAUGUUUUAAAUGUUGCUUUGUACAAUCUUGUCAUUUUGUAAUACGAUAUUUAAAUUCUGUUUGAACAUGAAAGGCACACGUUGAAUGUGACUUUUACUUCAUUCAAGUUCUGUUCUCUGGAACCCAGCUCUCAGUGGAUGUGGUCCUCCCGGGGAGUUAACACGGGAGCCUGGCGAUGAGAACGUCCUCCUGUUUCUCAGUGCGGUCUGGCCACACCUGGAACCUGCAGCCAUCUGGAGGGGCCGGGAAGAGAACUCAGAAGAGGGAGGGGCGGAGUCAUGACAGUUGCUGCAGGG